UGAAGCAUUACAACGCCAGUUCAAAAUGGCCACCUCUUCUCGACAUGAAAAGACAUAAAAUACCAAGACCUUUACCUUGCCCUACCAACUCAAACAAGCCAUGACUGGCAACAAAUCGAUAGAAAAAUGCUUCGAGGAAGCCGAGGAAACUGGACUAUUAAAUUUAGGGAACAAAGGACUGAGAGAUUUCCCAGAUGUUGCAGGCGAUUGUGAGCUGAUCGAUGUCAUCGAAGCAGAUCUAUCGAAGAACAGGUUUGCAGAAUUCCCUAUCGAAAUAUGUGAUUUUAUCAUGUUGGAAAGGCUCGACCUGUAUCACAACGCUAUCCGAAGCGUUCCCGAACUCGAUGGUCUGAAGUGGCUCACAAAAUUAAAUUUAAGGAGGAAUCAAGUGUGUAGCCUUCCUUUAAGCCUUGGAUUAUUACCUCUUAGAGUCUUAAACCUCAGUAAUAAUAGACUCACUUCUCUUCCGGUAGAAAUAGGAUAUUUGACAUUGCUUCAAGAUUUGGAUUUAAGUUGCAAUGAAUUAACUCGACUUCCAAGUAGUAUGGGAGAAAUGAUUUCAUUAAAAGAUUUAAAUGUAAGGAGGAACGAGUUACAGGCUCUUCCUGAUGAAUUAAGCAAAUUAAAAUUAGUAAAAUUGGACUUCUCAUGCAACAGAGUAUCUGUUAUACCGCCAGCAUAUCGACUUAUGACUACAUUAUCAUGUCUAGAAAUAUCACAUAACCCUUUGACAUCACCACCAGCACAUGUGUGUAUCAAAGGUCGACAGCAUAUCUUUAAAUAUCUAAGUGUUGUGGCACAGCAGCAAGAAAAGAAAAGAACAUUAGAUCGAGAUAUUAGGAAACCCUAUUCUAUGGGCAAAAAGAGUUCAACUGCAAGUUUGAAGGAAGAAUACCUAAUGGGAGACUCUGAUCACAUUAUAACAGAAAGAGUUAGGAGAACACACUCACUCGACAUGUCUGGAGCUGGCUACAUUCAUCAGAAGGACGACAAGGAGUCAUACAGACCAAGUUCUCUGCGAGAGCGUGACAGACAAAGAAAACCAUUAUCGAAUGUUUUUGAGAACGAGGAAAGAAGGAAAAAAGUUCAAAAAGAAAUAGAACAAGCUAAGCGACUUCUGUCAGAAACCAUGCAAGCCGAUGAUCGUGAGUCUGGGAGUAUACCUGAUGGUGAAUUGAAUGAAGGAGAGCAGCUCAAAAAUGAAUUCCUAUCAAUAGAAAUAGAAGAGAGACAAAGAAGAGAAGAAGAAGAAAGACAAAUAGAAGAAAGGAGAAGAACGGCAAGAAAACUCCAGAAAGAGCAACAAGAAAUUAUCCAACAGCAGAAAGCAGCUGACAGUAGAAUAAGGCGAACAGAGAAGUCAAAUGGAACAAUGGAAAGAAGGAGGAGUAAUGCUAUGUCGAGAAUAGAUAAACCAGAUCUUCCACCAAGGCCCUCCACUCUAGAAAGAUCUAGAAUUAUUGACUCAUCUAGAAAACCCAGAGCAUCUUCUCUAGGAGCAGGGGUUGCUGGUGAAGGAGAAACCUAUAGAAGUAGACAAGAACAAGAUAUGAAAGCCAGGAUGCAGCAAAGCAGAAGAGAAGCUCAGUUAUCCAGGCAGAGAUUAGAAGAAGAGCGUCAGAAAUCAAUGAAAAAAGAUAGCCCACUCAGUAGAGAUAGUCUUUCUUCAAAGGAUAAAGACAGCAGUCAAGCCUUGCGAUCACCAGAAAUUGAUGUCUGGGAGGAAAGUAUCUUCCAUAACAUACACAAAAGAUCUACCAAUCUGGGCCAUGUUCGCUCAUUGCCUGCAGCACUCAAACAGCAUGAAGAUUCUAAAUUCACCAUGAAAAGAAUGUUUGAUAGUGCAAGAGAAGAGUUUGAAAAACUAGAGAUACUAAGAGAGGCAUUAGAGAGUAGACUCAAAGUAACCCUACCAGAUGAUCUGCCCACUUCGCUUGCCGAUGGGGUGGUAUUAUGCCAUCUUAUCAACUCAGUAUGCAAAGGCACUAUUCCAAGUAUACACAUACCUUCUGCUGGGGUGCCCAAGCUUACCAUGACAAAAUGUAUGAAAAAUGUAGAUUCGUUCCUAGAGGCUUGCAAAAAAUUGGGUGUCAGAAAGGAUGCCCUUUGUUCACCUGCAGACAUCCUAGAGGAGAAAAGCCCAAUGAGAGUGUGCAAUACUGUACAAGCACUUUUAGAAGUAACAAAUUCUUAGCAGUAACUACUAUUACUGAAAUACAAUAAUAUUACCAUCAUUGACAGUUUAGCAUAUUUGAUUUCCUUAUAAAUACCUUUCGGCUUAUAUUAUAUAAUUAUUAUUAUGCACAAAUCAAUUUCUGAAUCAUUGGAAUUAAUUUUUGUACGAAAUUACUAACUCACAUUGUGUUUAUUAAUUAAUAUUAUAUCAUAAUUUUGAAUUCACUUGCAAUAAAACAUUACCCGUGUACCAGAGGUUCUGCUGCCCAGGGAUCAUGACCCAGUUGCAGAGGAACACUGGCACUUGAAUUUAGGCAUGGUGGUUUGGCAGGGUAAAUUUGAUGUCUAAUAUUUUAAUUCGUCAUACAGAAAAGAUUGGAGAGUUUGUUGUUUUACUGCUUGAUCUUUACAUCACUAGACUUCCUCAAAGACUUCUAGGCUUUCUGAAUAAAGUAUCUGGCUCUAUUAAAAUGUUUAUAAUGUGACUGUUCUAUCUUGACAGUAUUGCAUUCUCACAUCAUUAACAAACUGACUCUAAACCAACUUCAUAAUGUUGAAUAGGUUAGUUAGGAGCAAAUUUUUUAACCUUCCCAUCCAACCAUUAACAAAACCUUAAGGGUUGAGUGAUCUCUGCAAGCAGGGUAUGUAGUUAAGUUUGCUUCUUGUUCUUCUUGGUCAUUGCAAAUGUGAAAACCUAUGCACCUUAUAUCAUGCUUAAUUUAUACAACACAAGCUCAGGGCUUAAGAAAUGGCUGGACAUCAGACGAGCAAUAUCCAGCCAGAACUGGGAUUUGUUCAGUCAAAUAUUUGCCUUGCCAGUCAUUUUGACCAGUAACAUUUAGCCAGAAAUGAGGUAUGACUAAGCUAAAACUAAUUUGGCCUGUAAUCAUAAUCAGUGACUGAUCGGCCAUUAUUUUAAGCCCUGUAAGCUUUAAUCAAUAUCCUAGUUUAGUUACAGAAUUAAUGAAGUUUCAACAUGGUUCAAGAUUCCCAGCCAUUGUACAUUCUUUUAAAAAGCACCAGGCUACCUAAAAAAAACGAAACAUUUGGUUGUCAAGGAAACAUGAGAAGCACCCUAGAUAUAGUUGUUAUAUUGGUCAAAUAUGUAUCAGUCAAAUCCAACAGGUGGUCUAUCAUCAAUGCUGCGUUCUGAUUGGAUGAACUACUACCAGACUAUAAGUUAUAUCCUACUAGUAUUGAAAAGUGCCUGCUUCGAAAACCAAAACAUUAAAUUUAACUGUAAUUUAAAACGUGCUUGCAUCUAUAUAUUUGACCGACUAGUUGGAUUUGACUAGGCUCGAGGACUAAUUGUUAAUUAUUUACUGCAGAUUCUGGAUUCAAUUAUUUAGCUUAUUUUAACGAAAUUUAAAUAUUAAAAAUAAUGAAAAAUUGAAAUAGGAACUUGAUUUGAAAAAUUAGGAUAGGUAGUGAUGUUCCUGAACACUUACAGCACAACACUCAAAAGUAUGACCACAUUAAUUAUUGAUUCUCAUACUUCUAUGUACGGGUUAAACAAACACAUUUCAAUGAGAGGCUGGCUUGUUUUACUAGAUAAGGAGUUCAAAGGCUUGUUUGGCAGGAAAAAGUCAGUGCAUAGAAGUAUGCAGAUACAUUAAAUGUGAUCAUACUUUUGCGCUGUAAUAACUUGUUUGGUAAACUAUCUUUUUAAUCCUGCAAGUUAGUCUGGUUGUAUUUCAAAUAUAACUGAAAGAACGGUAGACCUUUCCUGAAUUUACUUGGAUCAACACAGCUCAAGGUUAGGCCAAACAAAACAACAAGCAUGUUUCCUGUUGCACAACUGACCCUAACUUUCUUGCCAAAUUUUGCCAACCCUUAUUAUUUUCAUUGCCAAAUGCAUGACAGGGUUCCCAGUAAGCUCAUUUCAACUGUUGUAUCAGUAAAAAAAAUCUGACCUACCGAGACCCCAAUUAUUUUUCUCAUGCAACAGGAAACACACUUAUUUUUUUGUUUGGCCUUAGACUUGAUAAAUCAUAGAGUAUAAUAUGUAUACAAACAUCAAGUCCAGCAUCAGUCUAAAACCAUUGUAGUCAGUCAAGUGAAAUCUGGAACAGUCUACUACUCAAGUAUAUAAAAACACUCUUUAAAAAAAAAUUUAGAUCUACUGGUAGAUUUUUCUACUACAAGGUUUGACAAUGGUAAAUGAUGUGUUCUGCUGCACAAAAUAUUUUGUAAACCAAAACCUUUUGUAAAUAAUUACAGAAUUCCUUUGAAUAACCUUGGGGAAAACCAGUAUAACAUUUAAUAAAAUCUAAAUUACAGACAA